AUGGGAUUUUUGAGUGGUGUGCUUGGUGCGGUGAAAAACGAAAAUGAAGUGAUAACUUAUGAUAAUAAUCUUCAAACAAAGCUUAAAGAUGUACUAGACACCUUAAAUACUAAAAUUGGCCACGGCCGUGCUGGGCUUGCGGUGUCUGUCGCCGCGGUGAAGGGGUGGUUGGAGGGGUAUGAAGGUGAAGUAGGCAAGAAGACGAAAGCAGUAACAGACAAUAUUACGCAUUUAAUGAACGAUUUGACACGUCACAAAGAUAAUAUUGACAACGAAAAAAUGUCUGAUCUUUCCACGCAGAUUCAAAAUUGGACUGCACGCGCCGAGCAGUAUAGACUUCACGUCGUAGCAGCGGAGAAGGACAUGAAAAAUCUUGACUCCAAGUUAUUAGGUAAGUUGACUCCGAAUAUUCAAAUGCUGUUUCAGGCCAUGGAAACUUUCAAGGAGGCGGCGAAGGUUGAAGGCAUGAAGGAGAUGUACGAUUUGGCAGAUGCCAAAAUGGAUUACAUUAAACAUUACGUCACAAAGCAAGCUGGAAAACGUUCGGAGGAGAUCGAAAAUUAUUUGAAAGAUAGAGUGGGCAAGUUAUAUAUUAAGCUCGAUAACAUGAAGCAGAAUGAAUUUAACAUGCUGCUACUCUCCUUGGACAAGGAUGCUGCGGUUGCAUUCAACAAAGUUAAUUAUAAUAUGAAUAGUAUUCUAAAUAGAUAUGGAAAGGAUAUCGUGAAAGAGGUAGAAGGUAUUCUGGCGGCUGCGGGCAGGCUUAAAGGAGAAAUUCAAGCUGAGAAGGAGAAACUUAAAAUGCAGGUGAAACAGUUGGGUCUCCGUAUUGAAUUUUUUCGAGGAAUUUUUGGAGGCGUUAAAGCGGAGGUGGUGGAAGAUCAAAGUGGUAUUGAGCAUACGUUAAAAUUAACUGACGCCAUCAAAGGGCUUACCCAGCAGGUUGUCCAAAACGUGCAAGGAUAUGUUUCAGCCACGUUGCCCAGCGAACUUCAGGCAGCGCUUAGGGAGAUGACUGAUGGGAUUGCUAAGGCUGAGAAGAGUGUCGCGAAGGAAGAUGGGCAUUUAGAUAAGAUCGCCAAUAAAGCAGAAAGUUAUGCAAAAUCGUUUGAGGGGGAGGCGUUUGGGAGUAUAGUGGAGGAAUGGAUUUAUGAAAUUCUGCAGAAUGUUAUGGUUAAACAUUGGUUUGAUGCAUAUGCUAGUAAUAACAAUGGUAGACUGACUGAAUCAUAUCACAGCGCUGUGAAAACUGGCCUAAGUAGUGAGCAAUUUCGAAAACUUGCAGGUGUCAUUAAAAUGCAACUUGGAGAACAAAUUGGCCGAGCAAAAAUUAAGGCAUUGGGCAAAAGCAACAUUAAAGAUAACAUUGAAGCAGUCAAAAAUGGCAUCAUGUCAUUUGUACAAGCAGUGGAUGAAAAACUGACACCCAAAGAAAUAACAACAUUCGUAUCCAAUAUAGUUCAGGCAAUUGAGAGAGAGAUGAAGGGUUCGACAUCUCAAGAUUCUCAAAGUCACAAUAUAAAUGAUGCUGUCGCAUCAGCCAUUACCGCAUUGCGUGCGAAAGCCAGCCAGGCGGCAAAAGUGCUGCAAUCAUUCACAUCAACAGAAAGUAGUUACCACCUGGGCGACCAAGUGCUGUCGGCAAUAACGGACGUCACGAAGCUGGGAGAUAAAAUGAGUAAGGCGGUUUAUGAAAGCGGCAGUGGCCUAGGCAAGCUAGGUAAGGAAAUUGAUAAGGCGCUAGCUGAAACGACCACAGCAGCUUCAAAUGUCAAAUCUAAACUUAGUGACCUUUUAAAAAUGACUGCUAGCAAAACAAUUGAUAAGUUAAAUAGAGUCGUGGAUAAAAUUGUUGGUCCAGCUACAGACGCUGAAAAUACACUUACAACGAUACGAGAUGUGCUGGUAACGCUUCAAACUGACCCCAAUGAGCGUGGUGUUACUACAGGCGUGGAGGGCGGCAAGUCCCACCUUGAAAUACAAUCUUGCAACCUUCACAACAAAAUCAGCAGUUUUCUGACCACAACCGUUGGCCAAAGUGACAGCAAUACAGGGACCGUCUACAAUGAUCUAAAAGCUGUUAGAGAUGAUGUCACCGAGCUUGGCAAAAAGAUGAAAAAUGUUAAAUGUAAAGUGGCCGACGUCGGAAAAGAGCUUGACGAUUGCAUUCAUAAAACCAAAUAUGUAUUUGAAAAGGCUAUUAUGAAGGUAAGAUAUGUCAUGCAAACGUUACGAAAAGAGAUGGUUGAAAAAAUAACCGAAUCUUUUCAUGGUAUGGAAAACACGGUCAAGGACCUAUACGCUAAAAGAAAGACACAGGAAGUCGAAGCCUUGCAAAGUAUCAUCAACAAACAGCUUUCUGAAAUUAUUAAAACUAUGGAAUUAGACAAAGUCGCCGGCUUAAAAGGCCUCCUCACCCGCUUGGCAUAUAAUUUCGUCAACAAUGUUACUAACAUCAAAGACGUUCAGCCCGCCUCCCAGACCGGUGCUGCAGCGACAUCCGACACGUAUCUUCCGAAAGGAUGUCUACUUGUGCAGGCGGUGAAACAUCUCAUCACGGGUGUCAACGCAUUUUCAGAUAGCCUCUCGUCGCAGGCUGAGAUACUUUCUGUUGUCGACCGUGUCACUCCAGUGACCAAUAGUCUCAAGGGCCUGCUUAAGAGGAUUGAGAAGUCGGAACACCACGAUCACAAGGUCGUCGAAAAGCGCGAUGAGUUCGAAGAAGUGCUUGCGAAAUUCAAGCCGGAGACGAUGGACGACGCACCCAAGAAGGUGUUGACGCCUCUGAAGAAAGGGUUCGGCAAAUUUGUUGAUGAACUCAAAAAGCAGUACGUGAACAAGUACUCGGGUAAGAAGAUAGUGUGGACAGAAAUCACCGAUCCGAAGAAAGGUGAGGGACCAACCGCCGACGCAACCAACUGCGCCAAAGCCUUCCUCACCUUGAUACCAGUGAUGUGUCACGACGUGUCUGACUUGCGAUCCAAAUGCGUUGCUAACUGGAAGACACUACUAACUAAUUUGCGUGGCAAAAAUAAUUCUCUAGGAGCGUGCUUGCAAGAAGCGGGCUAUAAGGUCUCAAAAUCUGACACUGUGCACAACGGUGAAUUGCGUAAUACGAUGAACGGUCAAAACGUUCAUGAAAAACUCAAGCGGACAAUUCCGGUCGCCAGAGAUCUCGAUAACGUAAACACAUGGAUAUUAAAUGAAUACAAUCGUAAGCAUGGUGAUGAAAACAAAAUAACGCUGCUCGACUUAUUCGAUUAUCUACACUAUUGUCUCAAAGGCUACUACGAAGUUUGUCACCUGGGCACUCUCAGUUCCAAGAAACAUCCACGCAGUAUAUACGACAUGCUCCAAUGGCUCUCCGGUCUGUCGUACAAUCCCGUGCACCAGGAACUGGCGCUCAAUGGGUUCAGUGACCUGUUUGAAAAGCCAGAGAAAGACGAGUCGGAUGCUGAGUUGUCUCUAUCGGAUAAGGACCCGGACACGUUGGAGGCCUACCCGGAAGAUGUCACGGCUACAAAGCUGUCGAAUGGCCUUCGCGAUGUUUGCGCGUAUUCGGAAACUGUACUUGUCGCCAUCCAGGGUUAUGGACACGCAGGCGGGCGGUAUGCUUGCGAGUUUAACAGCAACGCAGACAGUUUCGUAUAUCCCGCGGACCCUGCGAAAUGUUUAGAAAUUCUUGCGGAUGUGUUGCUUCGAGUGUACGAGCAACUGUGUUUCUUAUUAGUUCAGUGUUCACGUGAGUACGAGGCUAACAGCUGGCGUGAUUGCUAUUAUGGACACGGCGUGGGAGGCUCGUCAUGGACCUGCAACACAAAGCAAUGUGGCAACCAAAUUGGCGAUCAAACAUGCAACCAAACGGUUAACCAAAAUGCCAGCCAAAUGGCCAACCAAAACGGUGAUCAAAAGGACGACCAACAGCCUAAGUGCGGACUUAAGUCACCCCUCCAGUCAUUCCUUGAAGACGGAUUGCCAGGCUUUAUACCACAUACAUUCGACAAGGUUGGUUGUAAACUGGAAUGCACCGUGUCCAAGCAUCGUGGAUUGCCGUGUAAAACGCCAAUGGGAUUUGCUGAUAUAAGUAAUGUAGCGUCGCAUACUAAGCAAGGCGCACAUCUCACCAAAGUACUCUACGACUUUUGUGGUCACAUGGAUAGCCCACUUGUCAAGCUUUGCAGUAAUUUAGUUUGUCUCCUAAAUAGGCCUCCUCAAACGCUAUCCGAUAUGUACGCAUUCUACUACAAUUUACUCCACGAUUGGCAUGGCAAAUCAAGAGGUGCGAUAGACGUCAGGAAGCAUAAGAUGACCGCAUUUAAUGACGCCGUAACAAGGGCCAACUUCGGCGUACCUUAUCCGGAACUCAACGUCAACUCAAUCAUUACCGACCAUAAGUCCCAUAAUCAUACCACUGGAGAUUUGUUGUGUCUCUACAGCUGCAACAGUACGUCGUCGUUGACGGCAACCUGCGGUCGAUACCUGCAACCUUUCGGUAUGAAUACGUGGACAGUAUUUUCGGAAAACCACGCUGAUAAAUACCUCUCCUGGAUCGUCUACAUCACCGAGGUGUUCUAUAAUUUGCUCGAACAGCUGCUAAAAGAGUGCUGCCAAAAUUGCACGUCAGCGCAAUCCAGGUGCAAUGGUAAAGUCUGCCCUAAAACAUGUCAAGUCAAAUACACAAAUAACGAAACAAAGUCGCAACCCGUCGGACGUGAUCAUCAUACCGAUGACUGCAAAUCCAUUGCUUACUGCCCCUUUACACGUCCCACCUUAUGCAAGUACGGCUUCGUUUUCAAAAGCCUGUCAAACAUGAGUGGCAGUAGUGGAGAAUCAACGAAGCGCACCUGCAAAGAUUUAUGUCACGCAUUGCAAAAUGUAUUACUUAAGGGUAAGGUCCUCGGCGAAUUCACCCAUGUCACAAUUCCAGAAUUUCUGUGGAACAUUCGCCAGAAAUUCUUCUGGCUCAACGUCACCCUCUGGCUCCUCUCCUUGCUGUACCUCCUCCACAUCAUGGUCAUCCGCCUAGACCUGCUCCACAUCAAAUCGCAUUUGCAUAGUCCCUCAUCACAUCGCAUCGCCGCUCAAUCACUACUUGCUGCUGCAAGAAUUGGCAGGGUUUCCAAGAUAUCGUAUCUACAACCAUAA